GACUGUCAACAAAGAACAUGGCGCCCAAAUCCUGAAAUCUGCUCGACGUUAGAAAUGCAAGGUGAACGCCUUUCGCGUCGUUGAAGAGUAAAGAUCAUCAGAGCUGCUGGAGGCUGAACACUAAGCUGUUGUGAAGUCAUGGUGCUGAAGAUCUUCUUCCCACAGUGCUGUAACAGGGCAGACAGCGGCCUUCUGGUCGGCCGCUGGAUCUCCGGCCAUGACUCUGCCGUGGUGUUGGCGGUGAUCCACUACCCGUUCAUCCCUGGACAGGUCAAACAGUACAUCCAACAGAUGCAGGCCCAGAGUGGGGUGGAGCUGUCUGUGCUGGGUUCAUGGAGUUUACCCAAAGAUGGUCAGGAGGGCAUGGAGAGCUUCCUCAGAGAUCUGAGCACCAUCUUCCCACAGGAACGCUGGCUCCAGAUCAACCGCGAGAUAGGCAAGACAGGCUUCAACUGCCAGAUCCUCAACCGGGAUCAGAAUGGAAGAGUAAUUCAGCAGGAAACUAAGAAGAAAAAUGAGAAGGCUGAGGAGGGUGAUGGAGAGGCUGGAGGUGAUAAAGAAGAGCAGGAGGAUGAGGAGAAGGAGGAGGAGGAGGAGAAGGUGAUCUUUGUACACUAUGAGCAGAGGAAGGUGAUGUUGUCACAGCUCCAUCCCAUCGAGAACGGAGUGCCAGACCCCAAAACUGAUGCACCAUCUGAGCUGAGACAGAUGUUCCAGACAGUGGCCCACAGCCAGCCUCUGUUCUUCCUGGACAGAUACGACGACGGGCCACUUAAGUUGACACACUGGCAGUCUGAGGGUCGAGAGGCUAGCAUCAUCGUGGAGCUGCUCAAACAAGCGUCCGUACCGCUCUGCCUGCUCAUCAACUGGCUGCUCUCCAUAUGGACCUGGAUCUGUAACAUCCGGCUCUUCAGUCUUUACCCACUGCGGUUCCUGUCCAGUAAGCUGUCCACCUGUGUCCAGCUCAGCUACAGAGCCGAACACAUGAGGACAAUCAGCUCUCGGAAACCAGCCACGGGACACACGCAGUUCAUGAGGAAAGCCAACAUUGUGGUGUCGUUCCUAGUGGAUGUGGCUCUCGGCAUGUUGCUUAUCUGGUGGCUCUAUAGAGACAACCACAUCACCAUGUUAGCCAACACACUGGUGCCUGCAGCUGAUCAUGUGGCUAAAGAGCUGCAGGAGCUGCUGCAGUGGCUCAUGGGAGCUCCUGCAGGGCUGAAGAUGAACCGGGCCCUGGACCAGGUUCUGGGCCGCUUCUUCCUCUACCACAUUCACCUCUGGAUCAGCUACAUCCACCUGAUGUCUCCCUUCAUCGAGGGGAUCCUGUGGUAUGGAGGCCUGUCAGCCUGCUUCGGCCUGACCUUUGCCCUCUCGCUGCUCUCUGACAUGGUCGCCCUGCUCACCUUCCACAUCUACUGCUUCUACGUCUACGGAGCCAGGUUGUACUGUCUGAAGAUCUACGGCCUCUCGUCUCUCUGGAGGCUCUUUAGAGGGAAGAAGUGGAACGUCCUGCGACAGAGGGUGGACUCCUGCUCCUAUGACCUGGACCAGCUCUUCAUCGGGACGCUGCUGUUCACCAUCUUGCUGUUCCUGUUGCCCACCACAGCUCUCUACUACCUGGUCUUCACUCUGUUGCGGCUGGUGGUGGUGCUGUUCCAGGGCGUCCUCCACCUCAGUGUCGACUUCAUUAACUCUUUCCCUCUGUUUGCUGUGGCCCUCCGCAUCACUCGGCCCUACAGACUGGCAGAGGGUGUAAAGUUCAGGGUGCUGUGUGAAGAGCCUGGGACAGCCCUGCACCUGCUGAUGGAGAUGAACCCUCUGAAGUGCAGCACAGUGGUCCAGACCUACCGCACUCCAACUUACAGCUGUUACCCCAAAGACUCAUGGGCAGCCCUGGUCAAGAAACUGUUUGUUGGGGAGCUGAUUUACCCCUGGAGACACAAAACCACCAAGACCGACUGAGACACAUCAACCAGAGAUGUGUGAGAGAGAAAUAAAAGGAAAGAUGAGGGAGCAAAGGAAAGGGAAGUGACUGAAUAAAUAAUGAGAUGGAAACAGACAGAUGGAGGGAAAGAUGGGAAAUGGGAAACGAGGGUGAAAUCGGUAGAAAGACCUUUCAGUUGCACUGCUUUCAUGGUAGAUGGGAAGAACGUCACAGAAAGCUGAAGCUGCCUGGUCACCAUGCUUUUUUUCUGAUCAACAUGAAGAAGAAGAACAAAAAUAAGCUAAUUUUUUAGAGCACGACAGACAUGGCAUUAUCAGCCAUAAACCUGAACACCAGCAAGUAGUCAUGUCCUGCUCUUUUAAGAAUUUUUUAUUUUGAAUCAUGCUGUUAAGGACUUGACAUCAAGCAUUUUUAUUUAGUUCAUAAAACUGAGAACUGGUAACAUCAUCAGUAAUUUACUCAUAUGCACUGAAUCCCAUAAGGAAACAACACUAAAGGACCAAAACAAUUCUUUACUGUGUGUUUGAAUGUGGGAUACGAACACUCCACAUUAUCAAAUAAGAUUUAUUUCAAAUCCCCAGAUGGGACUUGAAAAUUACACCACAUGUUGAUAUUAUUUUUAAAGCCUAAAUGACCUUGUUUUCCCCUACACAUCAGUGAAAUCUUAUCUGUUUGUAUGACCAACAAGCUUUCACAUGUUAGUUCAUGUACUGCAGUUCACACACUGGAUGUUUAAGCCCUCAGCUCAGUGUAAUCAGCUAUGAAACACUUAACAAACAUGGAUGUAUUGUAUGUCACUGUUGGUGUUUGUUAUGCCACUGCUGAUCCACUGGCUCGCAGCACUUAUAAAUAGUACAUCACCCAUCAUCCAAGAUACCACUUCCCACUGUCAUAUACAAACUCUUAUACAAAUACCAUUUAUUGUCUGAAGCUGAUUUAACAAGAGAAGUUAAAUGUUGAGCUAAGUUUAACUACUUUAUAUACUGCUGGGUAUCUGAAAGGGAUUCAUUGCUGAUUUUCAACCAGCUUUGUAUCAUAACACUGUUACCAGCACCCAGAUUUCCUUCCUCAUCUCUCAACCCAAAAGCGUCAUCUGGCAGAUUUUCUCUGGCUCUAGGGCUGUCGCUGAAACUACAAAUUGUACUUCCAAUUUUCGUACGCCCGCCACCACAAACUCAAAGAGUAUAGAUGCGAAAUUGAGAGAGACCUGCCCCUCUCUCUUUCAAACUCAGACCACACUCAGAUCAAACAGUAAAACUAUUUAGUGCUGAUCAAAUAUAAACCAAGAUUCUCUUACUAUAUUGGCCAUUUCUUGCCUAAAAUGCACUAUUUGGCUGCAAUACAAGAAUUUAUGAACAGGAAGCAGGCACCAUACUGUUUCCUGUAUAGUAAAAACGGAGGCCGAAAAAAACUAAGGUCAAAGAGUAAAACUAAGCUGUGCUGAUCAAAUACGAAUCAAGAUUCUGUCAAUGCGUUGCCUAUUUCUCAUCUGAAAUGUUUUCAGAAACAUGCUUUAGCUCACUGUUUAACUGUAAUUCAAGAUCAUUUGUUACCAGCCAGCCGCCAUGUUGUUUCCCGUGUCAAAACGGAUGAGCUUGCAUUACAUCACCCACCAGCCGAAGCGUUUAUUGAUCCAGGGCAGUGCGUUGUAUUCUGGUAGUUGCAACUUUUUUCAUCUUUUGAGCAAAAACAAAUGCCACAGUCCUUUCCCUCUGUUUUCUCUACUCAUGUAGCACCAAAUUUAAAAGUAUUUGUUUCUUUCUACUGCAUUGACAGCCCAGUUUUAUGAGAAGACCAUCUUUCCAGCAAUGAAAUGACUUCUUCAAACUCAAAUAAUACCUAAUAACUUAUUAGUUGAUUUAUGUUUUGUAUAAAUAAUCUAAAAGUGCCAAGUAACUAGUAACUAUCAAAUGAAUGUGUUAUUGUAAAGUACAAUAUUUGUCUCUGAAAUGAAACAGCAGCAGCAUAACAAAAACCAACAGUCGUACCAUUCACUACAACAAAAUGGUGUGCCAUCAUCCUGUGUUGGUCACUGAGUUUUCCUGCAACACUGCCUUUAGGUUAUACAAGAUACCUCGUAAUCUCAUCGGUAUAUUGUCAUGAAAUAUGAAGACUACAUUCAUGCUACCCAGAGUGCAAACAUCUUGGUUUUAAUGACCCCAUGACCUUUACCUUAGCACCACUAGAGGGAUUUUAGAGAGUAAGUCGUGUUUAAGUGAGUCUAUGCAACUUGCUGAGUAUUAAAACGUAGCAGAUCAGUAGCUCAAAUAAAGAGUCAUCAAAUCAGUGAACCGACUCAGUAUUUAGCUUAAAAAUUCAUAAAAGAAUCUUAACUAAUUAACUAAUUUUCCAGUCUAUAGGAUUUUAUUAAACCUGGGUCUACGAGCAAAGGAGCAAAAUCUCACCUAGUUAUCAGGUAUUUAUGCAUUAACUGAAUUAUUUAUAAAAUUUUAGAUUUUAUAUUAUUAAAGUAUUAGCAAGAGUGUAUUUCAAAUGAUUUUAACUGGACAAACUGAUUUUUAUAAUUUCUUUCUAAUGCUAUUUGUUUUAUUCUUUUAGAGUUUUAGUCAAAAAUGAAAUGAUAAGUGUUUUAUUUUAGGUUCAUUUGUUGCCAUAUUUCCCUUAUACACUGGACUUAUUUGACUCUGACAGAUGAGUCAGAGAGACAGAUGUACCGUCAUGCUGUACUGUGGUAUAAAAUGAAUCAUUGUAAGUCGGACUGAUUCAGCUCUGGCACAGUUUGUCAGCAUUUAUUUGUUUUUUGUUUUUUUUGUUUGUUUUUUUAUGUGCCUAUUCAUGUCAUUUUUUAUUAACUGUUCUUGAUUUCUUUAUAACAAUCCACCUGAACCUGCUUUUGUUAACAGAAAGUCAGUUUCAGACUGAAUCUUUAAUGUGAAUUAUUCCUGUUUUAUUUUACCUAACUCUUUACAUCCUGCUCCUUAGUGUGCUUAGCACCAGUUUCUCAUUGCUAAACUAUUAAAUUUGAAACCUGUUUUUUGUUCACCUUUUAUUUUAUCAUCUCCCAUGGAUCUGUACUAAAUGUUCCAUUGCCAUUUAAUAAAAUUCAUGCAUAUUUAA